AUGCCUAUAUUAUCUACUACCGUUAUAAAAGAAUGUACGGCGGCUGACUCUCCCGUCGCCGGUCAGCCCAGCAGUGUUUGUACUCGCAAGAACACCUUCUUGGUGGUGGACGGUAGCUGCGACUCCUACGUAGAAUGUAUCGAAUUUGUGCCGGUUCAUAAGACGUGUCCCGAUGGUCUCCACUACGAUCCUUCAGUCAAAUGGCCAGGAUACCCCUGUGGCUACCCAGCCGAUGUACCUUGCAAGGGACGUGGUGCGGCACAGGCAGCAGAACCGACGAAGGAUUGUCCACAUCAGUUUGGGUUCUUCGCUUCUACCGCCGCGUCCCCCAACGACUGUGGCCGGUACCGCAUGUGCGUCGCAGGCCACGCCGUGGAGAUGUCCUGUCCGACCGGACUCGCAUUCAACCCGAUCCUUUCCCGCUGCGAUUGGCCGUUCAAUGUACCUUCCUGCAAUGUUGAUGCCUUCCUCGCCUACAAAUGUCCUGCAGCUUCCAUUGAUGCGAGUGGCAACGCCAUUGUGACGAACCACAAGUAUGAAGGUAACUGCUAUGCGUUCUACUCAUGCGAAGCAGGAGAAUCACGGCUGUUGUCUUGUGAUGCCGGGCUGGCGUUCGACCCGACAACAGGCUAUUGUGUUGACGAGGACCGGGUUGAUUGUGGAGUCAAAGCUGUUCCGCAGCAGAGCGCGUCUGCAGCUUUAGUAGCACCUAUACAAAUCUAA